ACGCAAGAAGGCAAGGCCUGCUGUACAGCGGGGAGAGCUCCCUCGCCUUAUCCAGAAAAUCCUUGCCCGAAAGCGAAGUCCAUGGCGUUUCUCCGCCUUCGCUCCCCAUCUCUCGCUCCUGCGAAUCCCCUCCCUCCUCUGCGCACACCAACCACCACUUCGUCUUCGGCGUCGCCGUCGCCGUCGUUGCCGCCGUGGUCUCGCGUCUCGAUACCGACGUCAUUGACGCGCAGAUCGUCCAGCUUGAGCACUGCAGUCUCGGAUCUCCGUUCGCAGUCUUUGAAUUUCCUGCUCUCCGGUGCUCUCGCCGUCGGACUAUCUCUCGCGGGAGCGGUUGGGUUUGCAGAGGCGAAAGUCGGGGUCAACAAGCCGGAAUUGCUUCCUAAAGAGUACACGACCGUCAUCGAUGUCGCCGGAUUCCUCUCUGAUGGUCAGGAGAAAAGAUUGGCACAAGAGAUUGCUGAUAUUGAAAAGGAUACUGGAUUUAAGUUGAGAGUUCUAGCCCAGAAUUACCCUGAUACACCAGGGUUGGCAAUUAAAGAUUUCUGGAGCGUGGAUGAUCGAACAAUUGUCUUUGUAGCUGACCCAACUUUUGGUAACAUCAUAAAUUUCAAUGUUGGAGCUUCUGUUGAUUUAGACAUUCCGCGUAGCUUUUGGAGUCGUUUGGCAGGAAAAUAUGGAAAUAUAUUUUAUUGGAAAGAGAAGGGAGAAGAUGCGUCAGUUGAAGCUGCUGUGAUGGCCAUAUCUAAUUGCUUGAGGGAACCUGUGGGUGCAAAUAACUGUUCCGAGGGAGAUGGAAGCGGAAACUUUAGUAGUGUUUGGCUUGGGGACAGGAAACUGGUUAUGCAAGGUGUCUCAAAAGGAUGAAUUAGGGAUAGAUACAGAUCUUUUACAUACAUGCAAAAUCAAAAAAUGUUAGGGAAUAUUCAAAGAUACUUUAUGUGAGAGAGCUAAGCUAAUGCGACCAAGCAUGAAAUUUUGUAUAUUGACUGCCAAACCAGAGAGCUGAAUAAAUAAAAUAGUAGGCCACCACAUUUUUCAUUUG